AUGAGUGUCCAUCGCGAGUCCGAGGAUCUUCCCGCGAAGCCGGAACUUGAUUCGCAGGCUCAACAGGUCGAAACCGCGACGCUUGCUGAGGAUGCCGAGUUCAAGAAGCGCGAAGCCCGUGUCGUCGCGAAGCUCGACCUUUACGUCUGCCCGAUCCUCGUCAUACUGCAACUUAUAUCUUUCUUGGAUAGAGGUAACAUUGGAUUUGCAGCGACGCAGGGCAUGACUACCGACUUGAAUCUCGUCGGCACGCAGCUUAACACCGCCGUAUCGCUUUUUUACCCACUAUACAUUUUGUCGGAGUUCCCAGCCGCGCUGAUCGUGAAACGCGUGGGCUUCAAUCGCGUAAUUCCUGCGGCUGCGGCAUGCUGGGGACUGUGUUGCUUGGGAAAUGGGUUUGCUAGGAAUUUUGGGGAUCUCAUUACAUGUCGCUUGUUGAUGGGGAUGUUUGAAGGAUUCUUGAUGCCUAGCUUGACCCUUAUGUUGGCAAAUUGGUACAAGAGAGACGAGAUUGGGUUGAGGAUCAGCUAUCUUUUCAUCGCUUCGGCUAUUUCAAGUGCGUUCAGUGGUUUGAUCGCCUACGGCAUUCUAUUCAUGAAUGGAGCAGCUGGAUAUCCGGGAUGGAGAUGGGUGAGCCCUGAAGAAGCUACCUUCUUCGACUGGUUGAAAACCCGCCCGGAAAAUGCUAAGCAUUUCAAUGUCUUUAUGGGCUCCCACCGGACGGGCGUGAGGACAUGGCUCGAUCGCCCAGAGAUUAUAAACGAAAUCACCGAUGCGUUCAAGAAAGUGACCGCUCGGGGGGAGGUGGCGAAGAGAAAGGGGUAUCUUUCGUUGAUAUCGGUGGCGGUAUUGGCCAUCAGUGCUUUCAAGAAGCGAGUACCAAACCUCAAAGGAACAAUCAUCCUAGAGGAUCUAGAAGAGGUGGUAGCUAAUGCGGAACUCGAACCUGGCAUUGAAAAGCUGGGUGUUAACUUCCUCGAAGGCCAGCCCGUUAAGGGUGCGGCAUCGUAUUAUUUCAGAAGCGUCCUACGAAACUGGCCGGACAGAUACUCCCGGUCGAUCCUUGGCUACGCUCGAGAUGCUAUGGAUAAAGACUCUCUACUACUCAUUGACGAAAUUGUGUUACCAGAUCGUGGUGCUCACAGAUAUGAGACACAACUGGACUUGACAAUGCUCGCAAUGCUCAACGCCGAAGCGAGAACUGAGACACAUUGGAAGCAACUACUAGCUGAAGUAGGCAUGGAAGUCAAAGAUAUCGUGUUCUACGAAGAAGAAACUAGAGAAGGUAUCAUAAUUGCUAAGAAAGUGGCAACUUGA